AUGCUCCAUACAACCGAGGACAUCAUUGACAGUGCUUCCAACAUCUUAAUUGAGGAAGCUCUCAGUAUAAAUGAAGCUGCACAGAGAUUGAAAUCCAACACAGAGUCAAGGGAUGGAUACCAUCAAGCCAUCUAUCUCAUGUUCAAAUCUUUGGAUGCUGGAGGCAAAGUCAUCGUUACUGGUGUUGGUAAAUCUGGAAAGAUUGGCGAGAAGAUUGUGGCUACCAUGCUGUCAACUGGCACAUGCGCAACAUUUUUGCACCCGGUAGAGGCAUUGCAUGGAGAUCUCGGUACAGUGCAACCCAACGAUGUGGUAUUGGCCUUAUCAUUCUCUGGAAACACAGAAGAGCUGCUCAUGCUGCUUCCUAGUCUGAAGCACCGCAAUAUCCCUGUCAUCGGCUUGGGUGGUAAUGCAAAGAGCAAGUUGGCAAGAGAGUGUGCUGCAUGGAUUGAUGGCUAUGUCAAGCGAGAGGCCGGUGACAUUCCUGCCCCAACUUCAUCCACAACACUGACACUGGCUUUGGGAGAUGCCUUGGCCUUGACGUUGGCUAAAUUGCGUACAUUCACUACCGAUGGAUUUGCGUUGAACCAUCCUGGCGGUUCCUUGGGCAGAAGAUUACUAUUAAAGGUUAAAGACAUUAUCAUCGACUCUUCCAAAGUAGCAACAGUAAAUAGAAACACAUCAUUGGACAUUGUUAUCAUGGAGAUGACUCAACACCCUCGAGGCUCCGGCGUCAUUGUGUUGGAGGAUGAUUUAGCAGAUGGCAACAACAACCAUCAUAUUGAAGAAAACAUCAACAGCAAUUACUUGUUCCCCUCGCCGCCCAUUUCAGAGACAUCCUCAGUGGAAGACUACGACAUCUCCUCAAAGAGCAGCAAGAUUGCAGGUGUCAUAACGCAUGGCGAUAUUCACAGAGUCUUGAAGUCUGCCACCAAAGAAGGCAUCUUCCAAAUUAGAGCGGUCGAUAUCAUGUCCUCCAACCCAGUGGUCUUUCAGGACGAAGGGCUGGCUUCAGAUGCAGUUACACUUAUGAAGGAAAAGGACAUACCUCUGUUGCCAGUGAUAAACAGUGACAAACAUUGGGUUGGUGUUAUUACACUAAAAGACCUGCAAGAGCUCUUCUAG